AUGAAGCUUAUCAAGAAGUUAUGGGUUUGUGGAGCCCCUGGAAACUCCGAUUCAGCGCCAAUCUCGCCCAGAAUUCCCGACACAAGUUCUAAAUCCGUCCACGUCCUUCCGCCACAAAACAGGCCAGAAAUUCUAGCGCAUCGAAGAAACGAUCCCUCCCAAUCAAGCUAUCACGGGCCAUUCCAUCCAGACCCCAACUAUCGGCCAGAGCGCUACCGCCGCGGUGGGAAUGCCCCUUCCCGCGACUACCAGCUCUUCAACGCCGGUGGCGGCCUGCCCCAGGGCGUGAACCGGUAUCCACCAGCAGUAGCUUACAACCGAAAACCGAACGAACCUCCGCUUGCUCCUGAACAGCCGCAGAAGCUUCUCCAAAAUCUGCCGAACUCUUCAAUUUCGCAAGUAGCAAAUUUUCCAAUUUCCCAAACGACGAAAUCGUCCUCGACUUCCGCGAGUUCCGCAACUUCCUCGAGCACGACGACUUCAACGACGACGACAACUGCAGAGCCGUCAAAGCCAUCAUCGAAAAGGGCAUUGCCACGUGUCUCGACCACAAAAGCGCCUCCAGAGCCGCCGAAAAAAGCGCCACCUGGCGGCGGAUCCAAACGCGAUCAGUCGAAAGGUGGAAAAGCGCUGCCAGGAAAACUCCCCGGCGGUGGAUCCCUCCCGCUGCCGACAAUGAAGCCUUCAAUUCGAAAGAAAUUCAUCGAGGAUGAAAUCGAUCGAAUUGGAAUCAAGAUCGAGGAAAAGGCUAAUACCAAUCACUGGGAAAUCGCCAGGGACUGGCUUCGAGUGCGAUCGGUUUAUCCGCAGAAUCACCAGGGACUUGGAUCGCUCAUGUUUGCCAUGACUAAUACCAAGAUCAUGAAAGCUGACAUUCUGACGAAAGGAACCCAACUGAAGAUGAUGUUCUAUCUUCAAGGCAACCAGCGCGCCAUCUUCAAGCCAAAGCGCUACGAGCGUGAACACGUGAUCAAGGGCAACGCAUACGACGGCUACGACAGACACAACGGCGAGAUCGCUUCAUUCCACUUGGAUCGCAUUUUGAAUUUUCGCCGAGCGCCGAUUGUCGUUGGCCGCAAAAUCAACCUGGAAACUGAGAUCUUGCCGGUUGCGACGCAGCGGCUCAAGGAUACCUUCAAGAAGAAAAACGGCAAUACCUGCUUCUACGGACAGUGCUACUACUGCAAGGAGACGGAGCUUGCCUGCGGUCAUGGUGAAAUAAUGGAAGGAAGCCUGACACUCUGGAUGGCGGAUACGUUCACUUUGGAGAAGGUACGACAUCCUUAUCAGCGGACAUACCGAGACGAUAAGAGCGCCAAGUGGGAGACGGAUCCAGAUUACUGUAGCGUUUACGUGAAGCCAAAUCCGCCGUACGACAAAGGCGUGCGACUUCUAGACAUGAUGGACAUGGCGAUUUUUGACUUCAUCAUUGGCAACGCGGAUAGGCACCAUUACGAAGUCUGGGCCGAGCAGCCUGAGUCGAUGAUCAUUUUGCUCGACAAUGCGAAAUCCUUUGGCAAUCCGCACCACGACGAGCUUAGUAUUCUAGCGCCAGUCGCUCAGUGCUGUUUAUUGCGAAAGUCGACUUUUGACAGACUUGUGGAACUAAAGGAAAGGGGCUUGUUAUGA